AUGGACAAUGCAUCAUAUCACUCCAGAUGCAUUAAAAAAAUUCCAACCAAACAGAGUAGAAAGGAUGAAAUUCAAGAAUUUUUAAUAGCCGAAGACCUAUAUUUUGAGGAUCAUUACACCAAAGAUCAACUAAUUCACGUUCUUCAUACCAAAGUCGUAACUAAAGAACAUAUUGUAGAUAAAUUAGCCACUAACAAUGGACAUAUGGUUUUAAGAUUACCUCCAUAUUACUGUGUGUUGAAUCCCAUAGAAUUGCUAUGGGCUCAGUUAAUAAACCAUAUCCGGAGGAACAACACAUCUCCAAAAGAUGCCCAAAGUGUUGUCGAACUAAUAAAAACGGAGUUCAAAAAUAUCAGUGCUCAAAACUAUCAAAAUGCUAUAAAACAUGUAAAGAAGAUUGAAAAGGAUUACAUGAAAAAUGCCCCAGCCUUGAAGAAAAUUAUUAUUAAUUUGGAUGAGAGUGAUGAAGAGAACGAUAAUGACGAUGAGUUGGAAUAA